AUGUGGGCCUUGGUGGAAGGAGUAGCGGACACCAGUCUGGGAGAGCUACAACAGGCUUUGGAGUCGGAAAACCCUACGACAGUGUGGACCGCAGUGAGGCGCCUUCGGGAACGUGCAAUUGCACUGCAUGUGGCCUGUGGGUAUUUCCUGGGUGCUCAUGGUGGGGCUCGAGCGUUGGCGGAAGGCCGGCGUAAACAGCUGGACUACGAUAAUAAAGUCCAUCUGAAUGAGCGUAUAGGGGAGGAAAUGGUACCGUUGAGGCUGUGGACCAGGGGCCAAGCCAGAGACCAGCAGUGGAAUGUACGAGAUGCUGCUACGGUACUUAUGGGAGGUGAUAGGAACUUCCUACCAGAGUUGACGGCUGAUCUAGUGGGUAGUAUAGGGAAACCCUAUGUGGUGUCAUCUUCGUUAACGAUGAAUCCAGAGGCGCGGAGCCAAGCCCAGGAGUACCUUCAUCACCAGCUGAGCCUAUAUAACGUACAAGCUAGACUCCCGGAAGGGGCGCUAUUCUCGGUAGACUCUCAUACUGACACCAUACUGCUGGCCUCUCGCACUGGUGGGUUCUCGGUUCGGGCUAUUUACGAUUUGUCCUCUUGGACGAUAUUGGACGUACGUGUACAUCGGAAACGGAGGACGGCAUGUCGCAUCGUAUUGCAGGCGGUGAUGGAUCAGCUGGUUCGGGAGAAGAGCGAUGAAAAUGGCCUGAGAGUGAUGUACACGUGUGUGGCGAGGAUGGCCGCUCAGUUGCAGUUGAGGAGUCUCCUUCAGCAGGCAAGGGAUCUGAUGAGCUCCUCACCGGAAGGGCCCAUAUGGGGUGUGGAAAAGGUUGGGGACGAUUCGACCGAGAUGGAGAAUUUCGUAAAGAGGAUGGAAGUGAAGCUGUGCCCGGGUGCGGUGGUGACCACGAGCCAGGCGGGGAAGUGGUCGCCAAUGAUAGUUUGGUCCGCAGGGGACUCCGGGGUCAAGGCGAGCCUCAUGGGGGACUGGCUCUGUCCGGACCAACUAGAGGUGCUCCCGGCUGACUACCUCCCAGCUAGUGACCUGCCCCGUUGUGUGGACCUAGCCUUUGGUCUUGUUCAACGGCAGACUCUGAUGUCGUUGAAAGGCUCACUAAGAGGCAACAACAGUGCGAGUUUACGGCAGACUAAUGAUGGGAGUUUGUGUGCUGUUGUCUCCUUGGAUAAGACUGGCCGUUUAGUAGUGGAGUCACCCUUGUUGCCCUCGGUGGACCCUCUUGUUGUUACUUCUUUAUCACACGCCCUGGCCCUACUUGAUCGGCAACUGCCCUUCCUUGCUAACGUUGAAUCUUCGGACCAUAAGGCCGAGGUCAACGGCUGGCACCGAGUUGCAUGGCCCUACGGUUUCGCCUCGCCUCCUGAGAGUGAGCUGUUACCAACAGAGCCCACCGACGUUUACCGCACUGUACAGCAGACUAGAGAUGCCUGCGAUUUCCGCGCGGCCUAUGCUGUUGCUGAGGUCCCUGGGGUAUUCCUCACGAUGCUCUAUUCGUUCCCUCCACUCAACGACGACCCGCCCUCGGUGGGGUUCAUCGGUAUGACUGUGAAUCCCCGCCUGAUCAACGUGGGAUCGGCCGACCACAACCGGGAUGUUUUCACAGCAGCCAGCCAGACUAUAUACUCAGCAGGGCGAUACCAUAAGGGCUACGCGAGGCCACUGCGUAUUCUGGCAUCAGUUGGGUCGACUCUACGGAAACUGUUGCCCCCGGAUGAGUUCUCAUUGGAGCUCUCCUGGCCCCCAGUGAAGAGACCAGAUACUGGUGAUGGCGAAGGCAACGUGUAUGGGCAUAUGUUUGUGUGGAGGAGGAACGACAAGGUCAUCGGGGGCCAGCCUCUCGUGGAGCAGGAGUCGUCACCGGACGUAGAGGACUCGCCUGAUGAUGAUGAUGACGAGAGCCUGCUGUCCUCGGGAGGGACUCCAGAGACUGUUGAGGAAGGCCAACAGUUGGAGCCUCCCAACUUAGCUUGUGUGGCAGAACCAACAGUACACGUAUUUAUCAGUGACGAUGAGGAGGUACCCUGGAGGAUCCGCCUGUCGUUGAUCCCUGGUUCCCUUAUAGUCAUGCAAGAUGCCUCCGCCCCUGAUGCCGAGCCCCCAUCGUGGCCCUCUAAGAUGGCAGCUGCUGCCAAUAACGAUUCUCUCAAUAACAUGCACGUCAUUGCCCCCCAGACCCCCGCUCCGACAACGGCAGCGUUCUUGUCGGAUGACUGGGAGUCCCCACCGCCUGGUGAUGAUACACCAGUUUCCAAUCAAGUGAUUCGGAUGCUGUCCGGGGCGAGGGCCGUUCUACGGAGCUAUUCGGCUGCCCCUGCUGGUGGCCUCGUCGCUACUGGUUUGGUCAUUGAGUAUGGCACACUCGGGGCCCUUGGUCGAGAUCUGCACCAGUUGGUUCGAAUGGCUGAGUGGAUCUACCAGGCGAGGAUGGUAGCUCGGUACCAUGAGGGCAUGCAGUUAGUCUCGGCCGACCUAGAGGCUAUACGCCUGUCACUCUCGCCGACCUGUGGGACGGAGGAUGAUGUCUUUGAAGUGUUCCUGUCCGACGUUGGGAGGUCCUUACGACCAGCAUUGGAUUGCUGCACUGAAGGUCUGGGCGUGAACCUCAAGUGGAUCCAACCGUCGUUGACAGAUUGUGUAGUGCCUCAGUUGGAGCUGUUUGCCAACCUGCAGAUGGUGACUGCCACUGCGGGUGACUUUGCCGGUCCACUGGCCCGUUUGGCAGCCUAUAUAGAACUGUGCAGGGCCACUCAAUAUGGGCUUGCCGCUGUACCGUCGAAGGCAGAAGCGAUAGGGACGGGGGUAAGGCCUCCUGGUCUGGCUGACGGCCUCCCGAUGCCAAUGUGGGAACUAUGGCCGAGGAAUCAGAUGGCCUUGGACAUGGUAUAUGGCCGUACUUACCUAUUUGAGUUCACUGCAAUGCUGGGUGGGUACUUGGCAGUUCGGACCAAUAACCGAUAUAAGCAGCCCUUGGUGCCUCUGCCGGCACCUGAGAGGUUCUUCCGGAUGGUAACGGCAACGAAGGCUGGUGUUGUCAGUGAUCACUUCCUACCUCUGCGGGACACUGAGUUUCGGGGAGGAUCGGAUGUCUGCCGACUCGGCACCAGAUAG